CAACGGUCAUGAACAUAAAAGAAAGAGACUGACCUUGGAGGGCGGAUGACGAAUGACCUCAGCUGGGCCAGCGACCUCAACUGACAAGGGCCUGGUGUCUUGUCCCCGCUGUGGCUUGCCUGCACCGCAAAAGUGCUUUUCCGGGUCUGCUGCACUAGCACCAGUCGUAGUGUCACUCAGCGCUGUACCGUAGCACUGGCCCCCCCCCCCCAAAAAGCAACCCAAUCGCCUGCCGAACAGCGCCAAAAAGCAAAAGCAACCGCCUACUACAGACUGCAGCAGCCGCUUCUUUCGCCUCCGCUCGCUUCUCCUCCUCUUCUUCCCUCUUCUCGCUUCUGCCGUUGGUGCAAGCAGGUUUUCCUUUUUUGACUUUCCUCAGAAAACACUACCACCACGACCUUUUAUUCUUUCUUCUUUUUUUUUCUUGACGAGCGUCGGCAUCUCCAUCUCUAUACAACACAUCUUUUCGGUUUUGCACACCAAACAACCUUCUCCCGACGCCUCCGCCAUUUACCCAGCCCAGCCUCCCAAAGCCCGACAUCGCCAACUGGGACGCUGCUGCUGCUGAACGACAAACCAAUCACCUACGGCCCUCGUUGGCAUCGAAAACGGCGCGACAGCCUCUGUAAUGGACUCUGUCAUAUAUGCCGCCGGCUGGUCCCAACACUUUACUCCCCACGACCCCCAGCAGAAGCCAUCUCGUCCUCAGAGCGGUCACUUCCGCUCCCUUUCCUCCAUGGCGACCUCUUCUACAACGCCCUCGUCGCCAUCGGCUCGACUUCACCUCCCUCUCAAAUCACCAUCCACCUCGCAGCUCCCCAAGAUAUCGCUCUCUCCUAAUUAUCCCGACGACGAUAUGAGCACAAUUCCUGACCCUAGAAGUAGGCGUGUCAGCGACGCCCACGACGCCACCGCUUCCUCCGAAGGCUCAAGUCCGACACAGCACCCUGAUCUCAACGAUGAGGUAGCAACCCUGAGUACAAAACUCAUCAAUGCGAUAAACCACCAGACUGCUCUGGAUGACUCUCUUUCGGCGGCGCGCCAAGAGCUGGAAACUGCCAACAACCGUAUACGCGAGCUCGAGGCCUAUAACUCAUCUCAACGUCAGUCGAUGCAAGCCACCAUUGCCUCCGAAACGGCACUGCGCAUAGAAACCGAAAACGAUAAGAAAAAGAUUGAACAGGAGCUGGAAAAUCUCACUACGGCCCUGUUUGAAGAAGCUAAUCGUAUGGUCAUUGGUGCCAAGGAGGAGGCGCAGCAACAACAGGAUGCGAUUCAAAAGAAAAAUGACCAGCUCAAGGCCCAGCUUGAAGAUUCCGAAGCUCUUUUGAAAUCCCAGCAGGAGCAGCUCACGGAGCUGAAGCGUGUUCUGGAAACCAUGGCUGAGCGCGAUGACCAAACCAACAUCACUACCCCCUCUUCACCUGGCAUCACCAAAUUUGAGAGCAAUGACGACCGUCUUGGCUUCCAAGAGUCCACCGUCAGCUCCCCUGUAUACGAUAACAUGGCACCCGCUCCGCCCACCAGCCUACAACACCUUAUCCAACCUGUUCUGCGCCAUGAUCUCGGCGCCUACGAAGACUUUGUCGCUCUGGCUCGCCACUCACACCAGCGCGCCGGCAGCCGUAUUUCCUCUAGUUCCAUUGGUGGGCUUACUGCGCUUACUCUUGGUCUAGGCGGAUCGACCUCGAGCAAUGGCAACUCCUCGCAGCCUCUGAGCGCUCCUCAGUCUCCCAACACCGUGUCUGGCUCGUCGACUGCCAGCACACCCAACCUGCCUCCUCUUCCCAGUCUCAAGGAGACCAAGUUCUACAAGCGUGCUCUUGUGGAAGACAUUGAGCCCACGCUUCGCCUCGACAACGCCCCUGGCCUGUCCUGGUUGGCUCGCCGAAGCGUCCUCACCGCAGUCACGGACGGCAACCUCGUUGUUGAACCAGUAGCCACCACGAGUGCGGCCAAGCCCCAGUUCAACGCCUGCGCUCUGUGCGGUGAAGCGCGCAAAGAGGCGCCGUUUUUGCGCUACCACCGAUUCCGAACCAGCGAGGCCGACUCUGCCCAGCGCUACGCCCUCUGCGGAUACUGCGUCGCCCGUGUCCGCUCGACCUGCGGCUUCUUGGGCUUCCUCCGUAUGAUCAAGGACGGCCACUGGCGCGCUGACGACGAUGACCACGAAAAGACGGCUUGGGAAGAGAGCGUGCGCCUACGUGAGCAAAUGUUCUGGGCGCGCAUCGGCGGCGGCGUAGUCCCUACCAGCCAGAUUGACGGCACCGGGUCAGAGGCGUUUCGGAGUCCUCGCACAAGCCACGAACGACACGCCAGCGACCGGAGUCCUGUUGCCGCUACCGCUCCCACCACACACCUCAAGCCCGACGCGGCCGUCUCUAUCACAGCCCCAGCUGCGAGUUCUACCACUUCGACUGCCACCCCCAAAGUCCCGCGAACACCUCCUGAGCAAACAGCCCGCGUUGCCCAGCUCGCCCGCGGCUUCGACGCUCUCCACGGAGCAGCAGCCGCCAACUAAGCAGGCUAUACGAAAACGACAGCUACCCACCAUCAAGCUGAGCGUCUUUUCAUAAUACGAGCAACAAUGGUCCACCUUUGGCUCGGCCUGCACGUUGAUCUUCACCCUUCUUGCUAUAAUGUAUAUUCUGUAUGAUUCGCUACAGACCUUAUUGCACAUUAUCCUUUUUUUUCUUUGUUUGUCUUGUUAACCAUGCUGGAGAUGGAUGGGAAUGGGAACUGGGACAUGUUUGGGACGGGAUACACACAGCAUCUCGCAUUACAACGGCGUUUUUUGUGAGCAUGGGCAACGUUUAUUUGGCCUGUGUUUGAAUUUUUUGUUUUUGCUUUGCAUGUAAAAAAGAAGAAGUAUAGAGUCCUCAUAGUGAAGAGGGCAACAGCAUGGGAUAAUAUUUGCUGGCGUUAGUAUGGGAGGAUGGAUGGUUGUGCGAGAUAUACCUUUUUUUUUAGCAAUUACAGCUAAAAAGCAUUAAUUAAUGAUACCACCAUGAAAACUUAUUCCGUC